AUGUACAAAAAAAAGCAACAGAAUAUUCAACUUGCUAGUUAUGCAAUAUCCUUAUCUGCAACAUGGAUUAAUGAGACAUCAAAUAAGCCACUACGCCUAGAAAACUUAUUUAAAAGUUCAACAUUCAAUAAGAAAUUAUUUUCAUGUUGUGAUAUUGAUCUGUUUCUCGACCUUUUUAGUGGUAAUUGUGUACGCCAUCGUGUUGGAUGUAUCAUUGCUGACACAGAUCAACGUAUCGUAGCUACAGGUUAUAAUGGUGUACCCGAUAAUAUCAAAGCAUGUAAUCAAGGUGGAUGUACGCGUUGUUGUGAUAUGUCAAUCGAACGUAUUUGUAUACAUGCUGAAGAAAGUUCAUUAUUCGAAGCCGGUCGUUGCCUAUGUCGAAAUGCUACACUUUAUGUUAAACAUAAUCCAUGCCGUCAAUGUUCAAAGAAAAUUAUUCAAAAUGGUAUAAAACGUGUUGUUUAA